AGCGGGGCUGACACUUUAUUUAGGAGGCUACUGUAAAUAAAGAAUAAAAAACCAAACAAAGUAAGGGGAAAACAAAUAAACAAGCAAGGCUGCAAGAUUCGGGGUAACUGACAGUGUUUCUUUUCAUUCAUUCGCUGGGUUCUCUUCUAGGGUUUUUGUUUUUUUUUUUUCUCCCAGGUUUUGAGGUUGCCAAGUAGGAAGAGGAAAACAUGGCUGGUUUAAUGGCAGGUUUUGGUAAUUUCACCCACGCCGUCGUCCGGGGUAUCCCCGUGUCCCUGGCCAAAGAGGCGCUGAGGGGCAAAGAGUCGGAGGUGGACGUGGCCAAGGCGCGGAGGGAGCAUGAGGCUUACGUCGAGGUCCUGAGGAUGAGACUCGGGCUGGAGGUGGUCGAGCUCCCCGCGGACGAGUCGCUCCCGGACUGCGUGUUCGUGGAGGAUGCGGCCGUGGUCUGCGGUGACACGGCGCUCAUUACCAGACCCGGGGCAGAGAGCAGGAGGAAAGAGACGGAGGCAAUGAAAUGUGCGCUAAAGGAGCUGGAUCUAAACAUCGUGGAAAUGACUGAUGAGACUGCCACACUGGAUGGAGGAGAUGUCCUUUUUACAGGACGAGAGUUUUUUGUGGGCCUUUCUAAACGGACCAAUCAGAGAGGAGCGGAGAUCUUGGCAGAUGCCUUUAAGGACUACGCCGUGUCGACCGUCCCCGUGCUGGAGGGGCUGCACCUGAAGAGCUUCUGCAGCAUGGGGGGACCGGGCCUCAUCGUCAUCGGCUCCAGCGAACCAGCUCAAAAAGCCCUCAAAACCAUGCAGCAAAUGAGUGACCAUCGUUAUGACAAGCUGACGGUGCCUGAUGACCUUGCUGCCAACUGCAUUUACAUGAACCUGCCCAACAAGGGGCAUGUGCUGCUGCACUGCACAGCAGACGAGUUUCCAGAGAGUGUUAAGGUGUUUGAGAAGCUGAAGGACCACAUGCUGAUCCCCGUGUCCAACAUGGAGAAGGUCAAAGUGGAUGGAGCCCUCACAUGCUGCUCUGUACUCAUCAACAAGAAGGCCAACAUCUGAGCAUGCUCACUAGGGGGUCUCUCACUGCAUGGUAACCAAGUGGAGAAUGUAGCUGACCACCGAGGUUUCCCAAAACGAUCUUGGCACUUUGUGGAAGCUUGACGGUGCUAGAGUGCCAGAGAAUAUGCCCUCAUCAAUAGGGGGCAAUCAUCUGUGCCACCUUUCUUCUCCUAAACACUUGAUUUGCAGUUAGGGGUUUCAAAAUGUAAUCAAAAUAUUAAAGAUAAUCUGGCUGACAUGUAAUACUAUCAGGCCAUUUGCUGUAUGUUUCUCUUGCUGCAAUAGAGCAAAGGUGAUCCCUGUGCAAAGAUAAUUUGGGAAACCUCAGACCACUAACAGUAAGUUAAUCUUUUUCUUUGCUCUUGACUUGGACUCAAUGUAAUGUGAAUUUUCCAUAAAAUACUGCAUUCACUCUUUUAUAACUGGUCUGGCAAGACUUAAGCUAGAGUUUAUCCAAGGAGAGGAGAUCUGAUCCCGAAUCAGUCGAGGAGGAGCAGGAAAUCAUUUCAGCUGUGUUGCCAUGUCGAGACCCCCUUCUGAUCCCAAACAUCCCCCAGUGCUCAUGUGUAAAUCAGUCUCUGUGCUUACUGGUCAAUGUUUACAACCCUUUAAGAAAACCAUAUAAAACACUGGAAAAGCCAGAUAGACCUGUUUGAUAGCUAUUUUUUGUUUCUAUGAAGAGAUACAGUGUUUCACACAUUGUGCUGUAGAUUUAUGAAGUACAUAACUAACAGAAUCAUAUAUAAAUAAAUGAUAUAUAUAUAUACAGUAGGUGUACAGUGCAUUCAGAAAGUA